CUCGUUCCGUGGCUUGGAAACGCCCCAUUGUUUGCCCCUCUCGCUAUUCGUAUUUCUGGCCUUAUUUCAGAUUAUGGACGAGAUUAUGGUGCUGUGCAGGAGUAAAUGCGUCUAACCGUGUAGAGACGGCCUAAUAUCUCACGUUGGAAGUCGCCAAUCAGAGGCACCUUAUCAGCACUGAUAUACGAAGCGAUCCAAAAUCCUUCAUCCUUCGCGCCACAACUGGUAAGGCAAGAUCCUUCGACCAGGAUCCCAUGGCCCACACCAGACGCAGGUCUCCUCAGGGGGGGCGGAAGCUUCACCUCGGACCGUGCGUCUAUCCACCCUCAGUAGGGGACUCUGACAGGUGCCAACGAACAUUAAAGGCGCCCUCUCCUCCAAACAUGAGAAAAUAAGCAUCGUAGAUCUCUCAACUCCACGAAGCCCAGCCAGCAACCGCUCUCCUCAAACAUGGCGAAAUUCUCAAUCAUCUCCGCCUUUAUGGCCCUUCUCGCCGUCGGCGCCAGCGCGACUGCCGCACCAGCUCCAGUCGACGGGUUGAUUCCCGGCCCCGGCUUCCCCAGCCUAGAGUCGCUUGGCCUCACCCGCAAGGACCUUGAGGCUAUGGGACGUGUCGCGAUCCCCGAGUCGUAUAACGCCCACAAGAUCCGCGGCGCCCUUCUGUCCGGCAAGCGUGCAUCCGCUGCUAGCAUCCCAACUUGCGAAGAUAACUACACACUUCCUAGAAAUGGUGCCCAAGCGUGUGUAAACUACCUCGCAGCCUUGGGCUCAAAGUCUUGCGCCGUAAGCGGCAGGUUUGUUCAGCAGAUGUGCACCGACAACGGCGCGUCCAUUAUGGGCGCCAACAUCAAGAACCUGGCGAGCGUGGCAUCGUCCUGCAGCGACGUCGCCAUUGCGGCACAGUGGAUCUACGACAACUGUGCUAUUGACACUACCAACAUGAAUGCUGGGGCUCACUUUGCGCAUGGCAAUGGGGACCUUCUUAUUUCCAUUGUUCCCGCAUAGAGAUGGGGUUGUCGUAGGACGACUAGAAUAAAGAAGGACAAUCAUAUGGGCUCGAUCUCAGUGCAAUGCACGGAGGGUCUUGUGUCCCUGUCAGGGUCCGGGGUAACGGGAAUUCACCACGCCAGACCUCUUGUAGGCGCAUUGUUUAUACAGCCUCUAGAGUGUAGAAUCUUUGGCAUAAUUAGGUUAAAUUGUAUAAAUUUCAAAACCGGAG